AUGCGCUCAUUCUUUCAAGCUCUUUUACGGCGUCGACCUCGCUCUAGUCAACCACAGCAAAGAGUAUCAGCCAUCCAAGCAAGAACUAUAUCUGGCGGAAUGACAGCCGCAGCCUUGUACGCGGUCUCAAUGACCACUCCCACGGCAUUGGGAGCUGUGCCAGAAGACGCAGAAGCCAAGUCGCACCAUGCGAAGAAUGGAGUAGGCUUCAUCAACCCAUGGGAUUCAUUUAAGGAUUUUAGUGCGCCGGAAAUUAUGAGGAAGAUAAUAUGGGGUCGAGUAACAGGAAGCUUCAAAAGUCCAGAUACGACACCUCCAACCGUUCCUGUCGUAGCCCCAAAGUUCCUCCCAAAUCGAACAGUAUCCCCCGCUCUGCGAGCAACUUGGCUUGGACAUGCAUGCUAUUAUGUGGAAUUCCCCUCUGGUCUGCGAGUACUCUUCGACCCCGUCUUCGAAGAACGCUGUAGUCCUUUCUCCUGGAUGGGACCAAAACGCUACACCGAAGUCCCAUGCCAUAUCAAAGACCUCCCCGUCGUCGACCUUGUCGUUAUAUCCCACAGCCAUUACGACCAUCUCUCCCACCCAACCGUCGUUGAACUCCACAAAGCACACCCCGAAGCACAAUUCCUCGUGGGGCUAGGUCUGAAAGAUUGGUUCCAAAAAUGUGGAAUCAAGAAGGUGCAAGAAAUGGACUGGUGGACCGACAUAGACAUAACCCUCUCUCCUUCUACUGGCGAAAAACGAAUUUCAACUGCGUCGAGCACAACCGUUCCAUCCACGACUGCGCCCACCGACUCCUCCAAUAUCACAGCCCGCAUCUCCUGUCUUCCCUGCCAACACAUGUCUGCACGAACACCCUUUGACAAGGCACACACACUUUGGUGUUCCUGGGCCGUAUCAUCUGGCGGUAAAAGCGUCUGGUUCGGCGGCGACACCGGAUAUCGCUCGGUCCCACAACUGCCUGAAGGAGAAGAUGACUACGGAGAGAAGUAUAAAGAUCUCCCUUACUGCCCUGCCUUCAAACAAAUUGGUGAUUUGAGAGGUCCUUUUGAUCUGGGUCUGAUUCCUAUUGGAGCAUACGAUCCGAGGUAUAUAAUGAGUACUGUUCAUGCGAAUCCAUUCGAUAGUGUUAAUAUUUUCAUUGAUACGAAGUGUAAGAAGGCUAUGGGUAUUCAUUGGGGAACUUGGGUCUUGACUGGUGAGGAUGUUUUGGAGCCUCCGAGGUUAUUGAAGCAGGCGAUGAAGUGGAAGGGGUUGCCCGAGACUGGAGUCUUUGAUGUUUGUGACAUUGGAGAAAGUCGAGAAUUUUAA